GCGACACUUGACAAACUACCUGGCACACACCACGGACACUGCCGAGAACGAUUACCACGGCCAGGACUGUGCAGUAGUGGCCAACACAAUCAGCCCAGUCCACUUUCACAUCAUUUCAUCCAGCUCCGAAGAGGUGGUCACUAAAGGCCGCAGUUCGAGCAGGAUGGCUGUUCCCAAGCUAAUCAGAGUACAUACUGAUUUUUCAGCUUUUGUCAUUGUGUUCCCUGUCUUCACCGAUGGCCAGCCACCUACAAAGAAGAUGAGGAAGGAGGCUGGCUUCAGUGAGGACCGCUCCUGUUAUGACAAGUGGAGAGCCAGCCAAUACACGGAGAGAUAGAAGUACAUUUUGUCUCUUUGCUGUCACAGCAAGCCAACCCUAGAGAUGGUGAAAGAGACGAUUGAGAGGCAGGGAUGGGAAUCCAAUUGCCCAAAGCCAGAGGAGAUCAUCAACCUCUGGAAACCGGCCUCAAAAACUGAAGUGCAAGAAGACCACAAAAUCGCCAGGACUGUGAAACAUCAGAGAUGGAGGGGGCUUCAUAUUAAAGAUUUUGGAAGUGACAGAGGGUUAGGAGUGGUUGCGACUCGUCGAUUCAGCAAGGGUGACAUAGUGUGUGACUACCACGGAAAAGUUGUCACAAAGGAAGAGGGCCAGAAACUGAUCCACAGCUAUGUUUUCUAUUUUAAGUCUCAGGAGAAAGAACUGGCUAUUGACACUCAGACAUUCCCGUGUGAGUGUCAUCCAGACAUUGAGACCUUCGGCCGGCGAAUAAACCACUCUAGAAAGCGAUACAACCUGAAGCCAUUACAUCGUAAGAUUCUGGUUGAUGGCAUCAUGACAUACACCAUUUUAUUGCAGGCCACAAAGGACAUCGAGGUGGACGAAGAACUCAUUUUGUUUUGGUGUUCUUUCUGUGAAGUAUGAAAACUAAUAGGUUUUAUUUAGGAAUAUUCAUGUUAGGUAGAAUGCCCAGUGAAGCCUGGGUGGACUUUGGGCCUUGGAACUCCCACCGAUUUUGUAUUUUUUUUCUGCAGCCUAACUGAAGCGUGUGACUUUUUUUCUGUC